AUCGAGAGUAGUCGCUUCGCAGACCGUGCCGUGUUACGAUCUAGCGCGCUCAUGUAAAACCACGGGUCCGCCCAUCGCAGAAUGAAGUGUCUGUGCAUUAUUGUGCUGUUUCUGUGUUUGAGGUGCGAAGCAGCUGGCAACAAGCCCAGGAGAGGCCGCGGCAGUAUGUGGUGGGGUAUAGCUAAAGCUGGUGAACCAAACACACUCUCACCGCUGUCACCAGGAGUACUGUACAUGGAUCCAGCAGUUCACGCGACAUUGAGGCGGAAGCAGCGGCGACUGGCACGAGAGAACCCAGGAGUACUGGCAGCUGUGGCCAAGGGAGCUAGCAUGGCAGUUAACGAAUGCCAGCACCAGUUCAAGCAUAGAAGAUGGAACUGUUCCACGAGAAAUUUCUUACGAGGAAAGAAUUUAUUCGGGAAAAUUGUUGACAGAGGUUGUCGAGAGACGGCGUUUAUUUACGCAAUUACAAGUGCCGGAGUGACACAUGCCGUGUCCCGCGCAUGCGCAGAAGGAUCUAUAGAAUCUUGCACGUGUGACUAUUCGCAUGUAGACCGGCAACCACACCGCUCAAGGGCGGCUGCAGCGGCCAACGUUCGUGUCUGGAAGUGGGGCGGUUGCAGCGAUAACAUUGGCUUUGGAUUCAAGUUCAGCAGGGAGUUCGUGGACACUGGCGAACGAGGGAAGACCUUGAGAGAGAAGAUGAAUCUUCAUAACAACGAGGCUGGAAGAAUGCAGGUCCAAACGGAGAUGAGGCAAGAAUGCAAAUGUCACGGCAUGUCUGGAUCCUGUACCGUGAAAACCUGUUGGAUGAGGCUGCCCAGUUUUCGCUCAGUUGGCGAUACGCUGAAAGACAGAUUCGACGGAGCAUCAAGGGUAAUGAUGUCCAAUACAGACUUGGAAGCCCCGUUGCAAAGGAACGACGCUGCACCACAACGCGUACCACGAAGAGAUAGGUAUAGAUUUCAAUUAAGGCCGCACAAUCCGGAUCAUAAAUCGCCGGGCGUAAAAGACCUCGUCUACUUGGAAUCAUCACCGGGAUUCUGCGAGAAGAAUCCUAGAUUAGGCAUCCCAGGCACGCAUGGACGUACCUGCAAUGACACGAGUAUAGGAGUGGACGGCUGUGAUUUGAUGUGUUGCGGUCGCGGUUAUCGGACUGAGACAAUAUUCGUUGUCGAACGGUGCAAUUGCACAUUCCACUGGUGUUGUGAAGUUAAAUGUAAAUUGUGUCGUACAGAAAAAGUAGUGCAUACAUGUUUAUAGGCAAAUGUAAACGCUUUCAAGUGACAUUAAUGUCUUCAUUAUGGACUCAAAAGAGAAAACAUUUGAUAUUAUUAAAGGAAAUGAUAUCGUGUAUAUAAUCGUUUAUCGCGAGCACGCGUGGAUAUAUCAUUUGACUCAUGUAAAUAUCUGUGUACACCAGUGUAUAUUACUCUCAAUUUAUUAAACAGCGUGAAAUGACAAUAGCUACGUUGUUACUAUUUUGCGAUUAUUUAUUAGUCAGUUAAACAAACCUAUUGGUAACAUCUUAAUAACAGUAUCGUUAAGAAACUCAUAAGUAAAGUUUUAGAACUUAACGCUUAGAACAACUUUCUAGAAUGUUUUAAUUGUUUUUUAUUUCUUUGCUUACAAACUUCUCUUGUUGGUUUCUUUACGAUUUGAAACGUUGUUUAUUAUAUAAAAAUAACCUGUUGAAAUUGUUUAGACACAAAAUUAUUAAUGUAAGACUACUUUGAAUGGUAUUUCUUGAUAUCGUUUGAAAGUUAAAUAUAUCAAUAUUAUUUUAUACCUUUGUGUAUAAUAACUCAAUCAUGAUUUUAUAUAUUUUCCAUUUUAUAGAGUUUAGGGUCUGGUUUACAGUCGCGUUAGCCGUUUUGAGGCUCGAGAGCAGAAUUAUCUUGUAAUUAUAAUUUUAUAUUAAUUGUAAGAGACGUCGGAGCAUUUUGCGUCUUAAAUCGAUCUCGAUAAAGUCCUAUCUUGGAUGCUCAGCUUGUUGGUCUCUGGCUAACCUUAUCACUGAAUAAGUAGCACCAUCGUAAAAGUGUCCCACAUUACGAGAUAAAAGCUCUCGAGAAUUUUAAUUAAAUAUUAAAGGAAUUAAAUAAUCAGUAUUAUACGUAUAAUAUUGUGUGCGUGCAUCGCCCGAUGCCCGGAGAUAAACUUGUACGUUCAGUCAGUUGACACUUGUUAUAGAUUUAAACAGUUUCGCCUUACUUUAAGUUGUUCAUUAUUUAUUAACGCAUGUUUUAUUCGCUUUUAAUAUUAAUUAGUCUACAAACUGUUGGUUUCGGAAUGUUUUAGCAUGUCUUAACUUGUAUCCCAGCUUUAAACUACCUCUCAGUGAAUCAAAUUGUAACUUUUAUUACUACUAAUAGACUUAGCAUCAUAUUUUAAAAUUAUAGGUAUUAUAAAGUUUCCAAUCAACAGUUUGCUUAAGCUUAAUGAAUGAAUAUAACCAUUAUUGGUAUUUUCAUUGUGAUAUAAAUGUAUUGCUAGCAUAUCAAAUGAAUUUUGUAAUAUAUCGGAAGGAGAACUUCCCUAUUUUAAAUUAAGCUAUUUAUUAAAAUAUUAAAUUAAUUUAGGACUAUUGAAUUAUUGAAUUUACAACAAGCUGAAGACUAGGUUGUUAUUUUAUACACAAUAUUAUCGAAUUUACUAAGUUAGACAUUGAAAAUAAUGUUUAUUUCGCAACAGAUUGAUCCAUUGAUAGACUGAACUGCCUAUCUUCCUACUGAUAUUAAAUUUAAAGCAAAAUCAAAUGUGAUAAAUUUUAUUAUAAUUAAAUCUUCAUUUAAAUCCGUGCCAUCGCUUCCUGUCAGACGCAAACCGAAAUGAAAUAGUACGCAUGUAAAUAUUUUUAUCUUAUUUUAUUAAUUUAUUUAUGUGAAUGUAUUUUAAAUUGUUAAUAUUAGUUGUAUGCGAUACACAGAUCACAAAAGCAAUGUAACAUAUUAAAAUAGAGUAACUAUCAUUAAUGGCCUUUUUAAUAGCUUUGUCCAUCAUAUGGUCCAAAUAAUAACAUACACAGAUAUGAAGCAGUAAUGUUUAUUUUUUAAUUUAGAUUGUAAUACAAGUUACUGUUGGUUGAACUCCCUUGUUUUGGUGAUUUGUGUCAAUAAAAAUCAGCUGAACUUAACUGAAUCUCAAACUAUUUUGUAUAGUAAAUAUUAUGAAAUUAUUUCGUCCAGUGACCGCAUUGUGGUUGACACUUUGUUCUGUCAAUUGUAUAUUAAUAUCUAUUUAUGAUUAGACACUGAUUAGUUGUUACUGAAAAUAUAAAAUUGAUCAUGGAAA